AUAGACGGCCAUUCAAGGGCACGCAUAGGCAGCGGCACGCGCGACGCACAGUGUGUGCUGAAAGGCCGCCUCGACACGUGUGGUGGCGAGCGAGUGGCGACCAGGACACGGAAGGCCGUGCGACGUGCCCGCACUCAUUUGACGGGCGAUGCGACGCCACCUUUGCGCGGCUCCGAGAUCUAUCCCCGCCACACCCCGUUAGCGCCGCUGCAGGGCGAACGCAUCUCCAGCGCCACGCAUAUCUCAAGCCGUGCAUCGCCAGCGCCACGCAUCGCCAUCGCCACGCAUCACCAGCGGCACGCCAGCAGCCAACGGCACGCAUCGCCAGCGGCACGCAUCGCCAUAGGCACGCAUCGCCAGCACCACUCGUCAGACUGCGCGGCACGUCUGACGCAGACAUGGCGACACCAUCCUCGGUUCGCUCCUCGUCGUGGCUCCUAUCCCUACCCCCUUCCACACUCCCCUCGUCCUCCCUCGGCAAGACAAGGCCGUCGUGGCCCGUGUCGCCGCGAGCGAUCGGCCCAGGAGGCGGGUGUGGAGCUGGCCUGGCCGUACAUAUGCAGCUUCCCUCCUUUGGAUGCUAACACCAGUCCCUGCAUUAGCUACCAACGACGUCAUGGGGCACAAGCACAAGCGUCGGGCCAUCGUGAGGGGCAGCCACUCCAGCAGCAUUCACUCCAGCAGCAGCCAUUCGAGCAGCAGCCACUCCAGCAGCACCUUCUCCAGCAGCUGCUUCUCCAGAAGCAGCCUCUGCAGCAGCAGCCUCUCCAGCAGCAGCCUCUGCACCAACAGCCUCUGCAGCAGCAGCCUCUGGAGCAGCAGCCUCUGCAGCAGCAGCCUCUGGAGCAGCAGCCUCUGGAGCAGCAGCCUCUGCAGCAGCAGCCUCUCCAGCAGCAGCCUUUGCAGCAGCAGCCUCUCCAGCAGCAGCCUCUGCAGCAGCAGCCUCUCCAGCAGCAACCUUUGCAGCUGCAGCCUCUCCCGGUGCAGCCACAGCUUCAGAGCCAACUGCCACGUCACCACGGGGGCAGCGGCGUCCGUGCUGCAGAGGCCAUCACCGACGCUCCAUGUGCAGCGGCCGGUGAGGGGGGAGAAGACGAGGAGGGGGAAGGUGACAGCAACAGUAGCGAGAGCGAGUCCGGCGAAGAGGGCGACCAGAGGCACGCCCAGUCUGGCUCCGGCACGGAUACCAGCUCCUCAGACUCAUCUUCGGAUUCUGAGUCUGCCGACGAAGCUAGCUCGGAGGGCGAGGCGGAGCAGUCUGCUUGCAUGGGGCAGGCUGCGGUGGCCGAGACGGCGGCGGGCAAGAACGACGUUACUUUUGAUAAGCUCUUCGCCUCCCCAGCUGAGGCGGCAGUGGCCGCUGUGGGGCAGAGCGAUGGGUAUGACAUGGACGACGAGGACCAGCGUGCCAUGAACAGGGGUCGCUACAUGAAAAUUGGAGCGGCGGGCGGUGCAGCUGGGGAGGGUGGGAAGAUGAAGACGCGGAACGGCGGGCAACGGCAGAAGGCAGCCGGAGAGGCGGGCGACGUUAGGCAGGAACGGCUUCUGCUAUGCUAGAGCGUUGGCAGUGUUCAUCGUGGUGCGCGGACUCAUCACACUGCAUUACAAACUCGC